GCUUCAGUUUCCUACAGUCACUCUACCAGGCAUCACUGCUUCACAAAGAACCUAAAAAAAUUACUCACAUAGGGCAGCACCAGGAGUAAAGGUUGGAAGUACCAAAGAAACAAAUUUAGCCUUGAUGUUGGGAAAAAUUUCCUAGGUCAGAACUGUCCAAAAGUGGAACAGGCCACUUCAGGGAGUAGAGCUUCCCCCACGCAUAAGGAUUCUUCAAAGAAAGGACAGACAACCACUUGUCAGGGAGAUGCAAAAUACCGUGGCUCAUUCGACUAAACAACUCAUAAGGAAACUUGGUGUUGUUGAAUUCUCUUCUUCUGUUGGACUGUGGUGAGCUAUUGGAUGUCACUCAACAGCCUCCAAUGCAAGAGAAGAUAGCCUAUGAAAACACUUGACAAAUACUAGACCUUAGAAAACCAGAGAACCUGAAUUCCAGAAAAAAAUGGAAACCUACUUAACAACAUCUUUUACAAGUGCUCCAACAAAUAAUUCAUACUGUGACCUUUAUGAACACCAAAAUACAGCAAAGGUCUUAAUGCCCCUUCAUUAUAGUGUUGUCUUCAUCAUUGGACUCCUUGGCAACCUAUUAGCCUUGAUUGUCAUUAUUCAAAACAGAAAAAAAAUCAACUCCACCACUCUCUAUUCAAUAAAUCUCGUCAUUUCUGAUAUACUUUUUACUACUGCUUUGCCAACUCGGAUAACCUACUAUGCAAUGGGAUUUGACUGGAGAAUGGGUGAAAUCUCCUGCAGGAUAACCGCUCUUAUAUUUUACAUUAAUACAUAUGCAGGUGUGAACUUCAUGACUUGUUUGAGUAUUGACAGAUUCUUUGCUGUGGUCCAUCCUCUCCGAUACAACAAGAUGAAAAGAAUCAAAUAUGCCAAAUGUGUGUGCAUUUUUGUUUGGAUUCUUGUAUUUGGUCAGACACUUCCACUACUCAUAAAUUCUAUGUCAAAGGAAGAAAAUGGAAGGAUAACCUGCAUGGAAUAUCCAAACUUUGAAGAAAUACAAAAUCUUCCCUGGAUUCUCCUUGGUGCCUGUUUAAUUGGUUAUGCUAUUCCACUUGUAAUCAUACUGAUUUGCUAUUCUCAAAUAUGUUGUAAACUCUUCCAAACUGCCAAACAAAAUCCACUAACUGAAAAAUCAGGGGUAAACAAAAAGGCUCUCAACAUAAUUAUUCUCAUAAUUAUUGUUUUUAUUGUCUGUUUCACACCUUAUCAUAUUGCAAUUAUCCAACAUAUGAUUAAGAAGCUACAAAAAGAACCAGUCUGUAAGGAACAACACAUUUUCCAGAUUUCCCUCCAUUUUACUGUAUGCCUAAUGAACUUCAACUGUUGCAUGGACCCUUUUAUAUACUUUUUUGCAUGUAAAGGUUACAAGAGAAAGGUUAUGAAAAUGCUGAAACGUCAAGUUAGUGUGUCAAUUUCAAGUGCUGUUAAGUCAGCUCCUGAUGAAAACUCACGUGAAAUGACAGAAAAUCAAACAAUGAUCCAAUCUAAGUCUUUAAAUGGAAGGUAAUGAUUUACAAGAAAAAUUUCUGUUCAAUUAACUUUUCAGGACCUCUCACUGAGGAACAUGACUUUUCAGCAUUCAAAAUGGGAUGGUUACUUAUAAAGUAAUGGGUAUGGAAAAAAGAAAAACACAAAAGCACUGGCCCCAAAGACAGAAUGCCAUAUAACAAAGGCUCUUCAACUAUAUAUAAUAAUGAUGAUUCUAAGAUGUGAUGAAUCUGAAAAAUUACCCUCUCCAAGAUAUUUUGAGAACUGGACCAACUGAGCCAAGAAAAGAAAAAAGUCAUUUAAGAAAUGCAGAAGGAUCUGAGUGCCAACAACGGAAAA